AUGGAGAAAUAUGGUCUGACAGAUGAGUCGGAUAAGACGAAGGCAAUGCUGAUCACUGGUCAUUGGGUAUCGAAAUUGGUGGUUUUCGGUAUGGCUACGAAAGACCGACAACUUAACCACUCAAUUAGACCUGUGAAGAGGAUUGGUUACAAGCAGUCUGUUCAUGAAAUAGAUAUCAAUGGUGAGUAUUUGACUGGUUCACCGAGAACAACAAUCAGUGACACAGGGAACAAGCUGUUUGGUCGACUGAUCACUUAUCUAAGGAUCUUUGAACCGAGAAGCGAACUACUGCUUUAUCCUCAAUUGCGUAUGAAGGGAGAAACACGUGAGAAGCACUACAUGGAUUACAGUGAUCAAUGGGAGAAUAUUUUGUUGGUGAUUUUGGAUGCGAUUUCCAAGCCAACUGAACUUUCUGUACUAGAUGCGGUAAGCAAGAGGUGCAGUGUUUCCAACAAAUUUCUGCUGAAUGCUGACACGCUGAAAGAUUGUUGGAAUUAUUAUGACGUUAAUGGUCAAACGCAGGAGUUGAUUCGCAAAAGUUUCUCCUCAAAAUGA